CUCCACUCACCUCAAUAGCCAAUUUUACAGUAAAAACAAUGAGUAAUUGCAGCAUAUUGAAAUUAGACCUAAUAACCUCCAUAACCCAAUCUUCAUUCUGCUCUAUAAAUGACAAAUAUACCCCUCCAAUCACUAUAUCUCCACCAUUAAUCAAACGAAAAACCAGAGCUUUAGCUCACCUAUGCAACACCAGUUGUAAAGCAAGUAGCUUGACAAAUGUUGAACUGGAAAAAGAAGAAAAAAUGGAGGCAGAAAUUGCAAAUGGGUAUUCUAUUACUCAAUUUUGUGAUAAAAUGAUUGAUGUGUUUUUAAAUGAGAAGCCUAGGGUUAAAGAAUGGAGAAAGUUCUUGGUGUUUAGAGAAGAGUGGAAUAAGUACAGGGAGAGUUUUUACACUAGAUGUCAAGUGAGGGCUGAUAUGGAGAAUGAUUUGAAUUUGAAGCAGAAAUUUGUCUCACUUGCCACCAAAUUAAAGAGGAUUGACGAAGAGAUGGAAAAACACAGUAAACUUCUUAAGGAAAUUCAAGACAGCCCAACGGAGCUCAAUGCAUUAGUUACAAUGCGACGCAAGGACUUCACUGGGGAUUUCUUUCGUUACCUAACCCUUAUUUCAGAUACCUAUGAUUCUUUGGAGGACCGUGAUGCUAUAGCCAGGCUAGGGACUAGAUGCUUAUCUGCUGUCAGUGCUUUCGACAAGACUCUGGAGUAUGUGGAUACAUUAGAUACUGCGCAGGCCAAAUUCAAUGACAUCCUUGACUCCUAUUCGGUGGAUGCAGCAUGUGAAAAGAUCAAAAGCCUAGCCAAAUCAAAGGAACUGGACUCUUCAUUAAUCUUAUUAAUAAACAGCGCUUGGGCAGCAGCAAAAGAUUCCAAAACAAUGAAAAAUGAGGUUAAAGAAAUAAUGUAUCAAAUAUACAAAGCCACUAAGAGCAGCCUGAAGAGCAUUACCCCCAAAGAAUUAAAACUACUUAAGUAUUUGCUGAACAUUGCAGAUCCCGAUGAACGAUUCGCAGCAUUAGCAACAGCAUUUUGUCCAGGUGAUGACCGUGAAGCCAAGGACCCUUACGCUUUAUACACUACUCCGAAGGAACUGCACAAGUGGAUUAAGAUAACGCUUGACGCGUACCAACUCAAUAAGGAGGAUACUGACAUCAGGGAAGCGAAGCGGAUGGCUCAACCUGUCGUUAUGCAAAGGCUGUUCAUCCUAAAAGAGAUUAUUGAAGAUGAAUAUCUUGAGAAAACUACUUUUCGAACACAAACUGAAGAAGAGAACAGCAAAACAGAGAACUUAUGAGGUAAUCAGGUAUUUUUUGGCAAAACAUAUAUUUAGGUCCUAUAUUUAUCCAUCUUUUGGUAUUGAAUUCCUACAUUUUUAAUUUUAGACAUUGGAUUUCUUGUUUACGGAAGUAAAUUGUGUAUUUCACGCGCCGUUACUACGUGCAAUUUAUUUAAAUUAAGUUCUUGCUCA